AUGUUUAGUGUCUCCAAAGCUAAGAACCUCACAAAGAAAAAAGAAAAGCUGUUCUUGGAAUUAUCGAGAAUUACUAGCAAGAAAGAAGAGGAAUGUUUAGAUAUUCCAAUACAGCGAGCGACUCCUUUACAUGUUGCAUCUGCGGAGGGCCAGGUCAAGGUGGUGGAGUUUUUAGCUCAAAAUGGGGCAGAUAUUGACGCAAAGAACGAGUUCCAGUUUUGGCUAGAACCCCCAGUUGUGUCACUACCAGUAAACUUGCUGGUGACGAAGGCUUUUCAAGGUUACGUUUUGGCAGGCGUAUAA